UGUGUGGUGCGCGUGCUGCAGUUUUCAGUGCGUAGCGCGAGCGCUCGGUGUGGGGUGAAAUUGCGUCGCGCGCGCUGUAGGAUGAGAGACGGGAAGCCGCGCGCACCGAGCACGAGCGCCACACAGCCGCGGGAGUGAUCAGGGCGCGUGUGAGCGCGCGCGGGGCAGAAGUUUGCUGCUGCUUGUUGUUGUUGUUGUUGUUGUUGUUUUUCCCCCCGUUGGAGUCGCCAGCAUGGCGGAGCGGAGCGGGCGCGUGAGCUUUCCCGGGAGCGGCGCGCUCAACCCCCCGGUCCCCAUGAACCUGUUCGCCACCUGGGAGAUCGACGGGAGCUCCGCCAGCUGCGUGCCCAGGUUGUGUAGUCUGACUCUGAAGAAGUUGGUGGUGUUGAGGGAGCUGGAUAAAGAGCUCAUCUCUGUGGUCAUCGCUGUUAAAAUCCAGGGCUCAAAGCGGAUCCUGCGCUCUCAUGAGAUAAUGCUGCCCCCUACAGGCACUGUGGAGACUGACCUCGCCCUUACCUUCUCUCUGCAGUACCCUCACUUCCUGAAGCGAGAAGGGAAUAAGCUUCAGAUUCUGCUCCAGAGGAGGAAGCGUUAUAAAAACCGCACCAUUCUGGGCUACAAGACUCUUGCUGUCGGAUCUGUCAACAUGGCCGAGGUGAUGCAGCACCCUGCAGAUGGAGGACAGGUUCUGUCUCUGUGCAGUAAUCAGAAGGAGUUGAUGGGGAAAGUGGCUGAAAUCUGGAUUUACUCCCUCUGCAGCCAGCCAGUCGACCAUGAGGAAGCGGGGCUAAUGAAGCUCAAACGCUCUGAGAAUUACUCAGAGGAGGAGUAUGAGAGUUUCUCUUCAGAGCAAGAGGCAAGUGAUGAUGCUGCGCAUGCACAGGAUCUUGAAGAUGAUGAGUUUGAUGUCAGGAAGUCUAAAAAACAGCGACGCUCAAUUGUGAGGACAACAUCCAUCACAAGGCAGCAGAACUUUAAACAGCGAGUCAUCGAUCUGAUCAGACGCUUCCGUAUCUCUGACGAGGUGUUGGAUUCGGAGCAGGACCCUGCAGAGCCGCCACCUGAGGUGGAGGAGGAUCUGGAGAGUUUGGACUUUGAGAACCCUAGUGACAGUCCAGACCUGGAGGACGACGACAGUGUACUGAGCACGCCCAAACCCCAGCUCAAGCCAUAUUUCGAGGGCGUGUCUCUGUCCAGCUCUCAAACAGAGAUCGGCAGCCUUCACAGCAUGAGGAGUCACAGAGAACCACCCAGUCCGAUGGAACCUGAUAAGCUGAAGGUUGCAGGAGGAAAGUUUCAGAUGGACGACAUGACUGAUGGCAUCACUUUUGCCCAGCCUGAAGCCGUGACCCCAACCACAGAGUUGGAGAUGAUGGAUAACAUGGACUCUUUCUUGGAGAAGCUGCCCCCUACAGGCAGGAUGACCAAAACGGAGUCCCUUAUUAUCCAGUCUAACAGGCAGGAGGUGAAGCAGGUCCGCAGAGGGAGGAGCACAUCACUGAAGGAGCGACAGACGAGCCGACCGCCAAACGAGAGAGCCAACAGUCUGGAUAACGAACAUUCACUGCAUACACACUGUCCUCUACAGAUUCCCCGUAAAACAGUUUAUGAUCAGCUGAAUCACAUCCUGGGGUCUGAUGACCAUCUUCCUGACAGCAUCAUCCUCAUCAACACCUCUGACUGGCAGGGCCAGUAUCUGUCUGAUGUUCUGCAGAAUCGCACUCUCCCUGUAGUGUGUACGUUCACCACAGCUGACAUUCAGGCUGCAUUCAACACCAUCAUCUCACGAAUACAGAGAUUUUGUAAUAGUAACUCCAUCACUCCGUCCCCGGUGAAGAUCGCAGUUGCAGGUGCUCAACAUUACCUUUCUACAGUGCUCCGCCUCUUUGUAGAUCACCUGACUCACAAAACUCCUGAUUGGUUGGGUUACCUGCGCUUCCUCAUUAUUCCACUAGGAGCCCAUCCGGUGUCUAAAUACUUGGCCAGUAUUGAUUACAGGUAUAACAACCUGUUCCAGGACUCAGCGUGGAGAGAUUUAUUCUACAAACCUGAAGCUCCAGUUAUAGUGCAGGAGAAUCCUGAUGUGGUCUCCAGAGUGACUCAGUACAUGUUGGGAGCAAAUGGAGCUCAUCAGCUCCCCAUAGCGGAGGCCAUGCUAACAUACAAGCAGAAGAGGAAAAAGAGUUUUCAUUUUGAUUUUGCAGUAAGUCCAGACGAAGACUCGUGUCAGAAAUUCAUCCCCUUUAUAGGGAUGGUGAAAGUGGGGCUGGUGGAACAGAGCUCUGCUGUAUCAGGUGACUCAGAUGAUGCCGCUCCUGUAGCAUCUCUCCUCUCCUCCACUCCUCCACAGAUCUCUCCAGCACUGAAAGAAGCUUCUCCCACUCCUCCAUCCUCUCCCUCCAUCCACUCAUCCCUCUGCAGUUCCCCCAGUGGUGGACAGGGGGAGUUGAUGGGGCUGCAGGUGGAUUACUGGGUCGCACCAUCAGAGAAGAAGAGAGAGGUGGAGAAAAAAGAUUCCGUCUCCAAAAACACACUCAAAUGCACCUUCCGCUCACUGCAGGUUAGCCGCCUCCCACUGGGUGGGGCAGAGGUGGGUCCAACCAUGUCCAUGACCGUUGUCACCAAGGAGAAGAACAAGAAAGUGAUGUUUCUGCCGAAGAAGACAAAAGAUAAAGAUGUUGAGUCAAAGAGUCAGGUGAUUGAGGGAAUCAGCCGAUUGAUCUGCACUGCCAAACACCAGCAGACCAUGCUGAAAGUAUCUAUAGACGGUGUGGAGUGGACCGACGUGAAGUUCUUCCAGCUCGCCGCUCAGUGGUCGUCUCAUGUCAAGCACUUCCCCCUCGCCGUGUUUGGACCCUCCAAAGGACCCUACUGACCUUUGACCUUUUGUGCCAAAUGUCUUUUCCGUCCUCCUAGGCCCCACCCUGCUCCAUCCUUUUAACUCUCCUGUGUUUUUAAGCCUAACUGAACACUAAUGAACUGAUCACAUGGAUUGAUUAACCGGCUGACUUGCGCCUGUCCCAGUGUGGAAUAAUCCGGAACAUGCGAUGGUGUGAUCCACGAUGGCAGAACGACAGAAACAUCACUCACUUUUAUUUUACUGAACACAUCCACAACCUUGUCCUGUUCUGUUUGUGAGUGCUAAACGCCAGGCUUUGCUCCAGUAUUAGACACAGUGACUCGCUUUGUUCAAUUCCUGAUUCAAUUCAUUUGAACUACCCAUGGAUGUGAAUUGAGCUUUGCCAGUGUUUAUUUGAUUCACAAUUAUGAUUUAAUGAUUCAGAUCGUUGAAGUGAAUCAAGCUGUCUGAGAUUUGAUUAAUUUGAUUGACAUGACUCACUCAUUCUUUCAGAACAAGCCGUCUGAAUGAACGGAACUCGGCAGGUUUUAAUUCAUCUGAUUCAUCAUUGCUACUGAUUUUAAACUUGCCAUUUAAACUACUUUUACUUUUUAUUAAUUUGACUUCCCAUCAUGGCAUUCGUUUGAAGCUUUAUUUAUAUGAACAGAACUCGGCAAGUUUUUAUUCAUUUGAUUAAUUAUCGGAACUUUGAUACUCAUUUAGGUUAAUUGAACUUCAUGGGUUUUGAUUAAUUUGAUUCACAAUUAAGGCUCACUUUGAUUUUGUGUUCUAUUUUUAACCUUGUGUUUAAUGAUUAAUGUCUCUCUGCUCUUGUCUACUGUCUGUUCUCAGUGUGUGUGUGUGUGUGUGUGUGUGUGUGUGUGUGUGUGUGUGUGUGAGAGAGAGAGAGAGAGAGAGAGAGAGAAUGUUAAAGGGUAAAGCACUUUUUAUGUGUUAAUUUAAGAACAGUUCUUGAUGGUGCACUUUGACGUUUAGAUGCUUGUGUGUGUUAAAGCCAUCAAAUGCAAACAUGAGUGAUAUUCAGUUUAAUUUUAUUUUUUUAUCAGCAGCGUUUGACCCGCAGUUCAGGUUGUGUGUGUUUAUUAAUGAUGUUUCAGAUGAAAUAUGUGAACAAACAGAAAGCUAUGAGUCUUGUAGCACAUUUAUAAACCCUUUAUAAUGUGUGUAUGACGCGCACUGUUACAGCAUCAUUACUGUCAGUAUUUCUGCUCUUGUUAAUCAUUAAAUUAUUAACGAGUUUGUUCAGUUUAAAACUCCUUUUAUUCCAAUGAGCAGUGUAGAGAUACGAUCCCUGCAUUAAAAACACUUUACAAUCUGUUCAGAAACUCUGUAAUGGUUUUCAUCACUGAAAUAACGAGAGUGGUCUUAAUGGGUUCCAUCAGAUUCCUGAAGGUUUCCAUUAGAGAUUUAAUGGUUUAUUCUUCAACACCACCAGAACCCAGUAAGGCCUUACUCACAGAUGAGCACCAGAGGACUGUUAGAUAAACCAUCAGGAGCCAUUAGAAUCACCACAUUCCAUUAAACCCCACUAUAGACUUGCAGAAGCACAUUAGAACGUGUUGGAAAUGUGUACGGUAUUAUUCAGCGAGGAGACAGAUGUCUCUGUAAUGAGGAAAGUCGAUGCUGUUGACGGUUCUGUGAGAUUCACGUGUAAAAAAAUCUCAGUCAUUGUUGAAAGGGUUCGAGUUGGAGUGAACGCAGUCUCAUGGCGAGUGGGGAUAUGAGCGUCACCGUUUUCCGGUAGAGAGGUGAAAGGCCACCGUGUUUUCCACCUCUUGUUAAUGAAACCCUGAUGUAACCCUCCGAAGGUCUGAAUAAAGUGGAAAACCUUCAGAGGGUUGCAUGUUGAUGUGUGUGGUGCUGUGGAUCUGCAGGACUUUUCCAUUUUUAUUUUCUCCUCAUGAACGUUUCAUAAAGACGUGUUUCAGGUUCUACAGCAGGAGGACAAACAGGAUGUUUCCUGAUCAGUAUUUGUAAAAAAGAAAGAAAGGUUAAAAAUACUACCCCUGUGUUUCCUGAACUGGGAAUAAUAAACUACACACACUACCACGA